AUGGCUCCAAGAAAACAACCCACCAAACGAGUCACCCGUUCGCAAUCCGCACAAGCGCCGUCGCCAGUAGCCGCCGAGUCAGAAAGUUUACAAGUCCAGCUGCCUACGAAGCCCUCCAAACAGCUAGAGAACCCGUUGCAGGUUGUUGGGGCCACCCAGUACGUUUACGAGCUGAUCGAGGCUGAAUCGAACGUGUCCAACUGGGUGCAAUGGUUUGUACUUCUGUUUGUCGGGAACGUCGUUUUCUUGCUGUUCAAGGAAAACGAGGACCCUUCCAAGUUCGACCCGCAACAUCUUUACGACGCCAUGUUUGCACUUUUGUGUGUGUUUUGUCAAAUAGCAGUGGUGUUCCAUCACCAAUGGAAAAAGUACAAGAUCUCGGGAAACAACGCCCCCCAGUUGCCUGAGUUUAAUCUGUUGUACGCCACGUUCAUCCCGCUCGCAGUCAGCUUGUUGCAGGCCCCCAAAUACCUCAUCUUACUAGGAGGCUGUGUCACACUGGUGUCUGAUCUCCAGAUCGUGGUCCAGAUAGGAGUGGCCGUGCUGCUCGAAGUCCAGCUUGUGUCCUCGCACGACUCGUACCAUCCAACCUUUCCGAUCAUGGCGCUCACUCCAGUCUGGCACCUGUGUGUCCAAUACUUGCUGCAGUACGUUGCUCCGAAAUCGUUCACCAAAAGCGACAGAAACAUCAUCGCCACGCUCUCGGUCGUUCUUCUUGUCUUCAUCGAUAACACGUCGCCUGUGUACCUUCAGAUCCUCCAGAAAUUGAUGGUCUCCUUUGCUUCGGCUACAGGCCUGUGCUAUCCGAUCUACAUCGUGUACCAGAAAACCGAGCGCAAUUGGGCCGUGCUUGCUCUGUUGCAGAUCGUGUUCUACAUCCUCGGGUUCCAUUUGUCCACCUACUUCCUGACCCCAGUUCUGUCGACCGACCCGUUCUCCUGGCUCGACCAGUUCAUCCAGGCUACCGAAACCAGAUGGACCAUCUUUAGAGCCUGGCUGGGCGCGGUGUUUGUUGUUCUGCCGGCCGUUUUCGCCGUCAAGUCGUACUUCCCGCUAGAUGUGCGUCGCAAGGUGUGGCACUUUGCGCUUUUCGGCGCGUUGGCCUACCCAUUGGUGCUGGACUCAGAACUAGUCUCACUGGCUCUAGUUGGACUCUUUGGUCUGCUACUGCUCGUGGAGUUGCAACGCGCUCUCCGACUCCCGCCUAUCGGAGCAUACCUGGACACUCUGUUUGUUGAUUUCCUCGACGACAAAGACCGUAAGGGGGAAGUUCUGUCGUCAUACAUCUAUCUGGUGCUGGGAGCAGCUCUGCCGAUCUGGUUUGAUUCCAAGUCCCAGGAGGCCGUGGCAGGAAUCAUCACUGUGGGAUUGGGAGACUCAAUUGCCUCUCUUGUUGGUAAACGUCUGGGAGCCAACCGCUGGCCCGGAACGAACAAAACCGUCGAAGGGUCCGUGGCAUUUGUUCUUGCUACCUUGGCAAGUUUGAGUGCGUUCCGGUACUUUGGCCAGAACGAGUUCUCGUAUUCCAACAUUCUGUGUACAUCAAUGCUGGCGGCUAUUGUGGAAGGCUGCACUACCAUGAACGAUAACCUUUUGGUUCCCGUGUUCACUUACCUGUGUCUUUAUCUGUUCAAGCAUUUCUGA